CUCCCAUUGAAAUUCCCCAACCCCCAAUUCUCACACGCACGCCUCUUACAACUUUCUCUCUCUAACAAAUUCUCUCUCUUAAUAAUUCUUUUUUUUCCCGUGUCUUAAAAACAAACCGCCCUCGUCUGCCUCCAAGAAACGCGACUCUCUCUCUCUCUCUCAAGCGGAAAAAAAUCCAAAACGGAUCCAAACAACGAAACAAAAUAAUUAAAAAAUAGCCCCAAAUUUGUUUUACCCCCAAAACCGGAAAAAGGAACCCUAACCCUAGCCGCACCCGCACACAAGACAGACACGUACAAUCGCUUCUUCUCUCUAUCUACUUUCCCCUUCCCUUCUGCGUGAAUCCGUAGAACAGGAUUUGAUUCUGAUUAGGUUUUUGAGGGUUGAUAGUAUUUUUAGGGUUUGGUUUUUAGGAAAUGGGAUGCUUGAAGGCUGGUGGUGGUGAAAUUGGUUGGUGGACGCGAUGACCGGUGGAGGCAGAUGCCAGAGGCGGAGGAAAUCCAUGGCUGGUGGUAGGGGCACCGCCGAAGCGAAGCAAUUCGACAGUAAUUGCAAUAGCCCUAAUUUGAACCCUGAAAUUACAGAAAAGCCCUCGGGUUCCCGGAAUAUUACGAAACUACCCCCGGCUUCUACAGUUGAGUUUGACUUGUAUACUCAAGCUCGUAAGGUACUCUCAUUUCGUUCCCCCUUCGAUUCUGAGGACGCGCAGGCGCCUCAGGCAUUUGUUUCCGGUGCGAACACGUUGCCUAGCGGGGUGUCACAGUUAUUAACUAGGCAUUCAGAUAGUAGAAAACGGCACAAGAAGUUGCAUUCUGGGUCGGAGAAUAAGUCUUCAACUCCAGGCCGACCAAGGGGGAGCAACUUUUGGGUUGAGACUGAGGAGUAUUUUCGAGAACUUACUGUUGAGGACAUUGAGAGGCUUGACAGGAUUUCAAGAGUUGGGUAUUCCAGUAACGAGAAGUGGUUUUCAAUUCCAUCAUUGGAUAAUGAGAACAAUGAUCGUUAUGGCACAUUUAAUAGGAUGCUUGCAAGUGCUUGUGAGAAAGAUAUCUUGAACUUUGAAAAUGGUGUUGAGCUGAAUAGCAAUGGGAAGCUCAAGUUUAAUGAAUCAAUGGUGCAAGACGACAAUGGGCCUCGCUCCAUGGAUAUUGAUGGUAAUGUGGUAGAAACAGAAGAUUGCAGUAUUAAAGAAGAAAGUAAUGGAGAAAAGAUUCAGACGACUGAGAAAGAAUCUACUUCUUUUAGUGGUGUAGAAUGGCUUUUAGGAUCCAGAAGUAAGGUUUAUUUGGCAUCAGAGCGGCCUUCAAAGAAACGGAAGCUUUUGGGGAGGGAUGCAGGGUUGGAGAAGCUCCUUGUGGCACGUGCAGUUGAAGGCUCAGACUCUGUUUGUCAUUAUUGUAGUUUUGGUGACUCUGGUGACCCCUUGAAUUGCUUGAUUAAGUGUGCUGCUUGUGGGAUGGUAGUGCACCAAAGGUGUUAUGGAGUUCAAGAAGAUGUAGAUAGUUCUUGGCUGUGUUCAUGGUGUAAAUGUAAUAAUGUUGUGGAUUUGAGCACCGAGACACCAUGUUUGCUUUGUCCAAGACAAGGUGGUGCAUUGAAGCCUGUGCGGAAAAGGGGAUAUGGGAGUGAGAAUGAUGGGUCAAAGAUGGAGUUUGCUCAUUUGUUUUGUUGCCAGUGGAUGCCUGAGGUUUAUCUGGAGAACACCAGAACAAUGGAGCCAAUCAUGAAUAUGGAUGAGUUGAAGGACACAAGAAGGAAGUUGAUUUGUUAUUUGUGCAAGGUUAAGUCUGGUGCCUGUCUCCGUUGCAGUAAUGGAUCUUGUAGAACUUCAUUCCAUCCUAUUUGUGCGAGGGAGGCGAGACACCGAAUGGAGAUAUGGGGAAAACUUGGAUCUGAUGAGGUCGAGUUACGUGCUUUUUGCUCUAAACAUUCAGAAGCCCAGAGUGAUAGUGGCAGUCAAGAUACUGGAGAUACUUCCUUGUCAGCUGGCAUGGAUCUGAGGAAGCUGAAUGAUGUUGUGUUAGACGGAGAGGUCUUGCCAGAUAAUGGGCGAAAUUCUGAGUCACAUCAAGAAAAUGGAGAUGCACUACAUCCUGCUGCUAAUUACUCAACAAAUAGGAAUGAUAAAGAAGAUGUCAAUGCCUAUGCUCUCAAUUUUACUAUGAUACUGAAGAAGUUGAUUGAUCUUGGUAAAGUCAAUGCUAAAGAUGUAGCCUCAGAGAUUGGUGUUUCGCCAGAUUCAUUGAACGCAAUACUCGAUGAUAAUCACAUGGUUCCUGAGUUACAAUGCACACUACUCAGAUGGUUGAAAAACCAUGCUCAUAUUGGCAACUUACAAAAGACUCUGAAAGUAAAGAUUAGAUCACUUGUAGCACCGAAACCCGUGGCAGAUGCUGCUGAAGGGGUUGGUACUGUUUCAACAGAGGAGUCUAGUAUUUCUGAUGCUGUUCCAAUUAAAUCUGUUCCACCUCGAAGAAGAACCAAAAGCAGCAUAAGGAAUAUGAAAGAUGACAAGUCAUUCUCCUUUACGGACAAGACUAAUGAUGAGACGGCAGAGGGCGCUCUUGACUCAUGUCUUCUUGUGGGGGAAGAUCCAAAUGGUACACACAGAGAGUCUUUGGCUGAUGAAAGCAAGAAGAUUUUGGUUGAUCCCGAGCAGCAUCAAGCUGAUUCGCCAAAGGAUUCUAUUCAAAUUGAAGAUGAGCUGAGAGCUUUGGCGCAGAGUCUCUACGAAGAUGGUCUAGAUGGGGAGACUAAACAAUCUCGGCAGAUGACUAAAUGUUCACUUAUGUUAACUAAUGGGGGAGUCAACCAUGCUUCGUAUGUACAUCCAUUUAUCUACAGCAAAAUGAUGCAGACCAGAAGUAACAUGCUUGAUAAAACUCCGUGUUACCAGUCUGGAGUUCCGAAGGAUCAGGAAGCUUCACAGUUAGAAGCAUCUUCCAGUUCAGGCCUCUGUUGUAGUAACAACAACGCAAAAGCAACUUCUGAAGGCUGGACUUUUGGAUGCAAUGGAGUAAAUCUUGAUCAAUUGGUCAAGGCAACGAAUGUGGAUAUGCUAAAACUGUCUCCUGCAGAUGAUGUGGAAGGAGAGCUUAUAUAUUAUCAAACAAGACUCCUUUGCAAUGCUGCUGCGAGAAAACGCAUAAGUGAUGAUUUGAUUUCAAAGGUUGUAAAGAGUCUUCCUCAGGAGAUAGAUGCUGCCGGAAAACAAAAAUGGGAUGCUGUAUUAGUUAGUCAAUAUAAUCAUGAUAUUAGGGAAGAAAAAGAAGCUCAAGCUGUGUUGGCUGCUGCAACUGCUGCAGCUGCAGCUUCCUCUAGGAUAUCAUCAAUUAGGAAAGAUGCAGAAUCUUCAGAACAGGAGGUCAUAGAUCGUGCAAGGAUUAAUGCAUCUGAUAUGAGGCCCGGGUUUUACUCUCAGCUGAAUCGUCGCGUGAAAGAAACUCUUUCUAGGUCUGUUACUGCAAGGUCCUCAUUUGAUACAAACUCUGAUUCUGCCCAGUUAGCUUCAGACUUCUCCAACGACCAUCCUAGGACAUGUGAUGUAUGCAGACGUUCUGAGACAGUUUUGAAUCCCAUUUUAGUUUGUUCAAGCUGCAAGGUUGCAGUUCACUUGGAUUGCUAUCGUAGUGUUAAAAGCACCACAGGACCAUGGCAUUGUGAGGUGUGUGAAGACUUGUUUACUUCUCGAGGUUCUGGCGCUUUGGCAACAAAUUCUUGGGAGAAGCCUUACUUUGUUGCAGAAUGUGGAUUGUGUGGCGGUACAGCAGGCGCUUUUAGAAAGUCAAUAGAUGGUCAAUGGAUACAUGCCUUAUGUGCUGAAUGGGUGUUAGAGUCAACAUACAGAAGGGGUCAAGUAAAUCCUAUUGAAGGAAUGGAUACUGUCUGCAGGGGUGUUGAUACGUGCACUGUAUGCCGUCGCAAACAUGGUGUUUGUCUUAAGUGUAGCUAUGGUCACUGCCAGACCACAUUUCAUCCUACUUGUGCUAGAUGUGCUGGUUUCUACAUGACUGUGAGGACUAAUGGUGGCAAGUUGCAUCACAAAGCUUACUGUGAAAAGCAUAGCACAGAACAGAAAGCAAAGGCUGCCACUCAUAGGCAUGGGAUUGAAGAGUUUAAGAGUCUUAAGCAAGUCAGGGUUGAAUUGGAGAGAUUGCGUCUUCUAUGUGAAAGAAUUAUCAAAAGGGAGAAAUUGAAACGUGAAUUAGUCCUAUGCUCGCAUGACAUUCUUGCUUCAAGUCGAGACUCUGUUCUUUCUGCUUUAGCUCGUCACCCCUUUUACCAACCUGAAGUUAGUUCUGAGUCAGCUACAACCUCCAUAAAAGGUUACACAGAUGGCUACAAAUCAGGCAGCGAUAUGGUGCAAAGAUCAGAUGACAUAACAGUUGAUAGUGCAGUUGCAGGUAAAAGGCGUGUUAAACUUCCCAUGUCUGUGGAAAAUGAUCAAAGAACAGAUGAUAGUUCGACAUCCCAAAACCUUUAUACCCUGAAACCCAUGGAGAGGGUAUCAUUUUCUGGGAAGCAAAUUCCUCAGCGACUUUCUGCUGCAUCACGGAAUCUUUCGGAUGAUUUGGAAAAGCGAACAAAAUAUAGAAAACACACUGAAACUUUUGAGAAGGAACUUAUAAUGACAUCAGACCAAGCAUCUAUGAAAAAUCAGCGGCUACCUAAGGGAUUUGUUUAUGUUCCUGGUCGAUGCCUUUCCAAGGACAAGGAGACUGUUCCAGAUGCAUGUUCCCGAGAACCAAUGGAACGCAAUGGGUAGAGGGGGACACGUGAUUUGGAACCGGCAACACCAUCAAGACAACUAAAUCCUGAUGCAGGAUGCAUAUCGGCCUUUUUGGCACAUUUAUAUUUUUCUUGUCAAUGAGGGCUGAUUUAGUGCCAGGAGGACUGUUUCCAAUGGGGAUGAUUGAAGUUUGCAUUAUUGUUGUAUAGGCAUUGUCAAGAGUACACUGUACAGUGGGGGGGGGGGGGGGUAUCCCCGUUGCAUGUAUCUCCAGCGGCUUAGUUUGGUUGGCCACCGUGUAGCCUUUCCUUUCAUUUUUUUUUUUCUUUUUAACCUUUUCUUAAUUAAAUUUUAUUCUCUGUUUACUUUUUCCUGUUAGAAAGGGCAGUGGAGAGAUCUGCUACAUGUAAUUGUAUAAAGCCAUCUGAAGGUAUUGCCUGCUUAUGGGCUUUGUAAAGUUGGUGUAUAUAGUAACUCAAUUCAAGAAUUAAUGCAAUUUGCCCACAGCAGUUUGAUCAAA